GAGGACCUUUUUUUUUUCUUUUUCUUCUUCUUCAUCUUUGUCUUUUUCAUUUUCUCCUUUGUUGUUUAUCUGCGGUUGAAAUCCUGUAGGUUACGUUACCGCCAACUGUAGAUCUCACUCUCCCACAUCUUCCUAGCCAAUUUUUCAGACCAGCCUUCUUUAAAAACCUCCAAUGCUUCCUUCCCUGAUUUUUCUUGCUCUGUCUCUCGAACUCCUUGUCUGCUUUCCACUUCCACACACUCUUUCUUCUCUGCUAAUUUGCUGAUUCCAUACCGUUACGCAGACUUGAGAUCACUUUCAGGCGAUGAUGCUGUCAGAACAGUUGGAGGAGGCAAGGAGCCAGGCUGAAGCGAGCCUCUCCAGACCCGGAUCUGCUCAGGAUAUCAAGAACAGCGUUUCCAUCGUGGCCAACAUCUCUCUGCCUCCGUCGGCUAAGUACGGUUUAAUAUCCGCAGAGAAGAUGCUGAUAGAAAACAGUGCUGGAAGCAACAAGAAAGAGGCGAUAGCAUCACUGCAAAAACUGUCCACAGCGCUCAACAUCCUGGAGAAGUACGGCUCCAACCUAACCAGCCCCAACAGACCCAAGUACUGGCGCACGGUGAAACACAAUAACCCCGUGUUCAGGGCCACGGUGGACGCUAUUCACGGUGGGCGGACCGUCCUGUGUCUGUACGGCUACACCAAUCAGCAGCCAGACGGCCUGAGCUUUCCCGAUGACAUCACGGAGCCGGAUGUCGCCAAGGUGGCAUCGGUGACACUGGAGGUCAUGAGCCUGCGCACAGAGCUGGACAUGCUGAUCAAGGAGACCCAUCCUCACCCAGAGUUCUUUGAGAGAAUCAUUCCUGCUCUGACUCAGAAGGACAACGAUAACGGAGUGAGUGCGGACGCUGUAGUGAUCUCUCCGUCCAGCGAGAGGCCAUGGGAGAGGGGUUCACAGCCCACGCUGUCUCCGUCUCAACCCACCGGACUGCUGUCUCUGUCCUCCUCCACCACACCCCCUAAACCAACAGCAGCGGUAUGUGAAGAGACAUGCAGCAUAUGCGGGAUCUACCACGUGACGUCUCAAUGCACCACCUGCUCCCAGCGCCUGUGUUUAGAGUGCGACCGACUUUACCACUCGCACCCGGGUCGCUCCACACACACCAGGCGCCCAGUGGCGUCUCCGAGAAGCAGCAAAUCGCUCAGCACGUCUCUGGCCACGUGGCAUUGUUCGUACUGCACCACAGUCAACACGUUGCAGCAGGUGUUGUGCAGCACCUGUGAGCGCCCCCGUCUGGCCGCGGCUGCCCCGGCGGCACAGGAGGAUCCUCCGCAGCCGUCUACCAUCACAGAGUGGCAGUGUAAGAGCUGCACGGUGGUGAACUCCAGCAGCAGUAUCCUGUGCGAGGUGUGUGAGCGCCCCCGUCUGGCCACACGCCCUCCUGUGACGCCAUCGCGACCCACACCGUCUCCCGCAGGACUGCAGUGGAUCUGUCAGUUUUGUACGUACGCCAACCACACGCCGUCGCCCCGCUGCGAAAUGUGCAACCUGACGAGAGCAGACUCCGCCCCGUCUCCCUCAAAACCCCUCCCACCCUCCCCGAUUAAGGACGUCUGGCCGGAAAACGGGCCGGCGGAGGAUCCGGAUUUGAAGAGGCAGAGAUUGAUGCGGGAGGAGGGGCUUAAACUCAUCAAGCUGAUCCGAGAGGGUGAGGUGAAAGGAGUGAGCCCGGAGGAGGUGUACACGAGUCUGCAGGUUUCAGGAGGCGUAAGCGGCACGCCGUGUGACUGGCUGAAGACCGAGCUGCCUCACAGGCUGGACGAGAUCUGUGCCAUGGCCGCCUCAUUCCAGCACGAGCCUAAACCUCUCCAAACUGCAGCCGCGCACCAGGCCGACGCCCAGAAGACCUCCGUGCCUUUAUCCAGAGCCGAGGCCAAGCACGCCUGGCUGUCAGCAGGGGGCGACAGUGAGAAAGCAGCUAGGCAGGCGCUCAGGAACCGCCUCGCUAAAGUGAAGGAGCUAGCCUCUCUGGGCUUCACCGACUCGGCGGCCUGUGAGGAGGCGUUGAGGCAGAGCGGCGGCGAGGUGAGAGGAGCGCUGGUCCUGCUGCAGCGCCCCCUGCUGGAGUCUUUCCACAAGCGCAUGUGGAGCGACGACCCCGAACCCGCCAUCGACAUCAACCACCCGGACAAACAGCGUGUGUGUCGGAGGCUCCUCGCCAUGUACAGCCUGCCCAGUUGGGGGCGCUGCGAGCUAGCCCUGUCCCUGCUGCGCGACCCCACCGCCCCCUACACGCUGGAGGACGUGGUACAGGCUGUGCGUGAGUCACAUGACCGGGACUUCAUUCGCCGCGUGCUGGCCAAAGAGUGUCCCACCUGCCUGUCCUCAUUUCCACACAGCAAGAUGCAGUCUCUAACUUCGUGUCAGUGCUCCGUGUGUUGCGAGUGUUUCAAGCAGCACUUCACCAUCGCCGUGAGAGACAAACACAUCAGGGACAUGGUGUGUCCGGUGUGUAACGGACCCGACAUCAACGACCCCGAGCACCUCAACAGCUACUUCUCCACUCUGGACAUCCAGCUAAGGGAAUGUCUGGAGUUGGAGGUCUAUGAUCUCUUCCACAAGAAGCUGACGGAGCAGGCCCUCAUCAAGGAUCCCAAGUUUCUGUGGUGCAGCCAUUGCUCGUACGGUUUCAUCUACGAUGGAGAUCAGUUGAAGGUCACCUGUCUGCAGUGCCGCAAGAGCUUCUGCGCUCAGUGCAAGAAACCUUGGGAGACUCAACAUACCGGCCUGUCGUGUGAACAGUUCCAGUUGUGGAAGCGUGAGAACGAUCCGGAGUAUCAGCGCCAGGGUCUGGCCGGUUACCUGCGCGACAACGGGAUCACGUGUCCUAACUGCAGGUUUCAGUACGCUCUGGCUCGUGGAGGCUGUAUGCACUUCAGCUGCUCUCAGUGUCGCUAUCAGUUCUGCAGCGGCUGCAACAACCCCUUCCACACGACAUGUGCAGUACCUCAGUGCAGUGUGACAGGUCUUCAUGCUCAUCAUCCCAGAGACUGUCUGUUCUACCUGCGUGACUGGGAACCGGCCAGACUGCAGGCCCUACUGGAGAAAUGCGGCGUGGCCUUUAACACCGACGUCCCUCCAGGAACACAGACAGGUGUGUGUGGCGUGAUCGAGCAGAAGGACGACGGUACGCGUCAGACGGACUCUGCGUGUGGAGCUCAGACUCAGCCAGGACAGGCCGGCCUCUGCGAGAAACACUACCGGGAGUACCUGGUGAGCCUCAUCAACGGCCACUCCAUCGACCCCGCCCCUUUAUACGAAGCCAACGAGCUGAUCCUGGCCUGCAGGAGAUACCAAGUGGAGCUGGUGAAGGGGGACGGAGAGGACGACAGGAUGCACAUCGCUCGACUGCUGAAGAAACUAAUGGACGACGUUCCUCUGGGUGACAAAGUCCCGCGCAAGAAGUGAAGAACGUUUUUAAUCUCCCUGGUUUUACUCGAUGGUUUUAGCUCAGAGACGAUCACGGUUUUAUUUUUUAUCACGUUCGAUUUUAGACAAUCUUUCCUGCGCACUUUGGAAUCGAUAACCGUUAAAGGAGAAGGAUGAAGCGCUAUCGUUUUUUGAUUAAUAAAUGAUGUCAUGCUUUCUCUGCUUAAGAGAUGCUUUUACUCAUGAAUGCAAAGAGUCUAUUAAAGCUAUGCUACACGUCCACCGUCUUGUAAAUGAGACGGUGCUGUCUGUCAGCUUUUCAUGUCCUCAUGA